AUGGCUCUUCCUCAUGGUGGAAACACCAUCAUCACUUCGGUUAGAGACGUGACCAGGCCUAUGCGUCUGCUCUGCAAAGACAUUGUGGAUGGCGUAAUUGACUCAACCUUCGCCCAAAUGGUCGCUCAGCAGGGCCCGCUGCAAGACUUGAUGGACAGCCAAGGAAGCUUCCCCCAAUUGGAACCAGGUCUCUGGCGUCGAGUCUUCAGACCUCGCGACGGUCCAGCGUGGAACUCGACCCUCCCUAUCCCCGACCUUGACCUCCCCAGACUCACGCCCUUUGAUCUCCGUAUCCAGGCUGGCACUUUGCUGGUCGACGCCGCUCCCGCCGACACGAACCGCCGCCUCUUCCCUUGGAAUGUCCGCUUGCUCGACCCUCCUGCUAAGCGAGCUCGCCGCUGUGGUGCGGACGUCUUCCUCGAGCCGCAACACGAUCCUCAGAGCGAAGACAAGGUCCAGUGGUUCUGGUGCGACAGAGACGGCAAAGCCGUCGACCCUCGAGUCACAUUGGUCCAUGUCAUCAACCGAGAUGAUCUGCUUUUGAAAUUUCGCCGGGCUGCCGUCGCGUCAAGAGACGGAACCAUGUUCAGGCAUGCUCUCAAGCACAACCUCCAGCUGGGCUUAUACCGGAUCAGGUGCCGGCUGGCUGCCUUCGUAGCCUCAGGGUUCUCCCAGGAACGGAUGCCUCCCUCCCCUUCGGCAGGCGAUGGCGAAGACUUCUUCACCCCGUCGUACAUGGCAGCAGCUUUUCGCCGCGAGCUGGCAGCCGGCCCUGUCUCUGACCCCGAUGCCGAGGCACGGGCGAGGACUAAUGCCGCCCAGGUGCUAAUGCUGUACAAGUAUUACUACGAGGGGAAAGAAAUGAUAUGGAUGUGA